AUGAUGGCUAAUGAUAUAAAAACAACAUUGACUGACCGUAUGGCUGGUUUUGAAUCAUUUUCCAUAGCAUUAGACGAGAGCACGGAUUUGUCGGACACAGCUCAACUGGCUAUAUUUAUUCGAGGUGUUGAUAAGGAGUUCACUGUUACUGAGGAAUUGCUUGCUUUACAGCCGCUAAAAGGAACCACUACAGGGGAGGAUAUUUUUAAUGAAGUUCAAAAGGUAUUCACAAGAUUUGGCUUGCCAUGGUCAAAAUUAAAGGGAAUAUGCACUGAUGGUGCACCUUCUAUGGUCGGCUUACGUAAAGGUUUCAUCGGAAUUUUAAAUGAAAAAGCAACAGCAUUAAAUGUGCAAAAAGAUGAUUUGAUAGUCAUUCAUUGCAUUAUCCACCAACAGAACUUGUGUUCUAAGUCCAUUCGACUCCAGCAUGUUAUGGAUGUGGUAGUAAAAACCAUCAAUUUUAUUCGAUCUGGAGGGCUUAACCAUCGUCAGUUCAAGGGGUUCUUGGAUGAAAUAUCCGCUGAAUAUAACGACGUAACAUAUUAUUGUGAAGUCAGAUGGCUGAGCAAAGGAAAAAUGUUGAAACGGUUUUACGAGCUUAGAAAUGAGAUAGCAGACUUAAUGAAAAUAAAAGAUAAACCACUAUCUGAAUUGAGUGACCCAAAAUGGAUAUGUGACUUAGCAUUUCUGGUCGAUCUAACAGGCUAUUUGAAUGAUUUAAAUUUGAAACUACAAAAACAAGGACAGUUAGUAAAUGAUUUGUACAGCCAUUUGAAAGCAUUUCAGGUCAAACUGCGCUUGUGGGAGUCACAGAUGCUAUCUGGUAAUAGUUACCAUUUCAACACGCUCUCUACGUAUGAAAAUAUUGCUUAUGCUCAAUAUGCUGAAGAACUCAAGUUACUGUCGGAACAAUUUUCGAACAGAUUUAGCGAUUUCAAAAACAUGGAAGACUGUUUCAGUUUAUUUGCAAAUCCAACAAUAAGUAAUGUACAAAAUGCUCCAAUACACUUACAAAUGGAGUUGAUCGAAAUUCAAGAAAACUCACUCCUAAAAUCUAAAUUUGAAGAAGUAGAGUUGUGCGAUUUCUACAAAGAAUACCUAGAAGAAUUCAAUUUUCCGCAGCUUAGAAAAUUCGCAAGAAGAUUGAUUUGUGCUUUUGGCAGUACUUAUAAAUGCGAACAGUUCUUUUCGAUGAUGAAAAUUAAUAAAUCAACACAUCGUACAAGACUGACUGACGAUAAUUUGGAAAAUUCUUUACGUGUUUGUAUCAGUGGAAUUAAUCCAAAUAUCGAUGGAUUAGUUUCCCAAAUUCAAGCUCAAGUGUCUCAUUGA